AUGUCAGCUAUUGCAACAAAAAUCGUUGGAAAAUACAAUCUUACCCCAGGGAUGAGUACAUCCGAUCUUAGUAAAUAUACUUCUGAAUUACUCAAAGACCUUACGGAUGAUAGGAAGCGGAAUCAAGCACGAAGACGCCUUCGAGAUGGUUUCAAAUUCAGCGAUGAAAAGAUAAGCAUAUUGAUUCCUACUCAAAAAAGUGGUCGGCGAAAAGUCGUAAAUCUUACAACUCUAAAUAAAGUUUCAACAAAUUCAGACUCAGUG